CCUAUCUUUUUGUAAGGCUGAUAUAACCUAGAAAUGUCUGGAAGCAAAAAGCUAUUUAACUACAAAAUUCCCAAACCGGUCUAUUAUGGUAGUAGUGUAGCCGCAGCGAUUGGAGUUGUCUGCUUAAUAAAAGAAUGGGCUGGAGGCGAGACAUACCGAAAGAAAGUAUCUCUAAACGGAAAGGUUGUCAUCAUAACAGGUGCAAACACUGGCAUCGGAAAAGAGACGUCGUUAGAAUUAGCAAAACGGGAAGCGAAAAUAUACAUGGCAUGUAGAGAUAUGCAGAGAUGCGAAGCUGCUAGGGAAAAGAUAGUUUUAGAUACAAAAAAUAAGUACGUUUAUUGCCGAAAGUGUGACUUAGCGUCGUUAGAUUCAAUAAGACAGUUUGUUAACCAAUUUAACAAAGAGGAAAAACAGUUGGAUAUUUUAAUUAAUAAUGCCGGAGUAAUGCGUACACCGAAAGAUUCUAAAACGAAGGAUGGUUUUGAGAUGCAGCUUGGGGUUAAUCAUUUUGGACACUUCUUAUUGACCAACUUAUUAUUGGAUAAGUUAAAGAUUCCAGCUCACAGUAGAAUUAUAAACCUUUCAAGUGUUGCACAUGAAAGAGGAACCAUUAAUAAAUUAGAUUUAAAUAGUGAUAAAGAGUAUGAUCCCGGCACUGCAUAUUCUCAAAGUAAAUUGGCCAAUAUACUCUUUACGAAGGAAUUGAACAAUCGAUUAAAAGGAACUAAUGUGACUGUUAAUUCGGUGCAUCCAGGUAUUGUAGAUACCGAAUUAUUUCGUCAUAUGGGCUUCUAUAAGAGUUGGUUGGCUACAAUCUUUAUAAAGCCGUUUGUGUGGCCAUUUAUAAAGUCGUCGAGACAAGGUGCCCAAACUGUCAUAUACACAGCUGUAGAUCCUGAAUUAAAUAAUGUCUCUGGAAAAUACUUUAAGGAUUAUAAGGAAACUAAAGUGUCUAAUGCUGCUGAUGAUGAUCAGACUGCUAAGUGGUUAUGGGCUGUGAGUGAAAAAUGGACGCGACUAUUACAAUAAUAAAUUUACAGAACUGGAGUAGUUUAACUAAAGUCCUUCAUAAUGUACUGUACAUAUCUGAAUUUGUUAUAUUGUUUUACUUUACUAUCAGUAUUGUACAUACUCGUUCUGUUACACCGUUACAAAAUGAUUCUUUGUAUCAUAUCAAAUGCACAAGCCAUAAUAAAAAAAGAUGCAAUUUGGCAAAUACUUAUAGCUUCUCAGUAUAUAGGUUGCAAAUAACUUCUAGUAUAUGACCCCACUGAAUCAUUGAACAUUUGCACAUCUUAUUGUAGCCAUAACAGAUUUUGAUUUCAGUGGAUCAUUUAAUAUUGUUUACUAGUAAUGACGAUAUAAUGUUUAGGAAAUUGUUAAAUUUUGUACCUGCAUCCAUAUGUACCUCCAUCGUUUAUAAACAUCCAGUCAACAUUUUGUUAGU